AUGGAAUCACCAAAGCCUCAAGUAUCACUCACACCAGUCCCACCAGAAAAAAACAGUCAACAGCUCGCACGCCCAGAGCCAAAGUGGGUACACCUGUCACGUUAUCUUUCCAAAACAUCCAACAACAAAGUGUUCAUUGAUCCAGAAGGUGUAGGGCACUUCAAUUCAAUGACUUGGGAACCACCUUGCGAGUUACUCGAUUGUGGAACAACAUACCUCUUGAAAUUCGAAGUCCCGGGUAUUGAUAAAAAGUCACUUUCAUUGCAAUACAGCAACAACUGGGUUAUUGUUGCUGGAAACAAAGUCAUGCCAAGCGAAGAGGGAGACUUUUGUUUCACUGAAAUUUUGUAUGGACAAUUCAGAAGAGAGGUGCCAGUCCCUGUUGAUGCAAGCAAAGACGGAAUUAAGGCAUAUUAUAAUGAAGGUAUCCUCUACGUCAAACUUAUGAAGGUGUCCGAGUCGACUUGGGUGAAUGUCGAAAUUGUUUGA